UACUUUUUCUGCUAAAUGAACAAUGGACCAGCUUCUUUUAUGAUUUUACUUUCCUUUUUAUAUUUAUGGUUACUUCCUUCAUAUGCUUUAUGCUGGUUCUAUUCUGACCUUGUGCAUGGACAGGAAGAUGGAACUUAUGCGCACAACAUUGAGAAAUUGGUUCAUAAAGUAUGUAUGCUGGCACGUGAGUCUGCAGAGGGAUAUGGGAAGUGCUGUUUGAGGGCAUCAAGCAUGCAAUGCCUUUCGGCUAUGGUGUGGUUCAUGACAGAGUUUUCACACGUUCUUGAUAAUUUUGAUGAGAUUGUGCAUGUCACACUGGAUAACUAUGAACCAGAUAUAAAUCUUGUGGAUGAUGGUCAAAGGGAGGAGCCACAUCACAAUUGGGUUGAUGAAGUUGUUAGAUGUGAAGCAAGGGGUGGUGCAGGUGUUCGUAGUGAUUUCAUCCCGAGCUACAUCAGGCUGAGAUGCGAAAAGAAAGAUUGCACUCUAUUGACGAGCGAAGAAAUUGAAAAUCCCAAGGUAUGGGCUCAAAUUUGUGUCCAGAAGAUGGCUGAAUUGGGCAAGGAGAGUACAACAAUGCGUUGGGUUUUGGAUCUAAUGUUCAAUUACUUUGAUAAAGGGGGACACUGGGUUCCUCAGCAGGGGUUAGCUAUGGUUGUUCUGUCUGAUAUGUGCUACUUUGUGGGGACUGCAGGAAAUGAGCAAUUGAUUCUAGCUGCUGUCAUUCGACAUCUGGACCACAAAAGUGUUGCACAUGAUCAGCGAAUUAAAUCUGAUAUCAUUCAGAUUGCUACUGCUUUGGCUCGACAACUCAGAACUCGAGCCAUAGUCUCUGAAAUUGGGAUUUUCAGUGAUCUAUGCAGGCAUUUGAGGAAGUCUCUUCAGGCAACAGUUGAGUUAGUAGGACAGCAAGAGUCAAACUUGAACAGUUCACUCCAAACUUCCAUUGAGGACUGCUUAUUAGAAAUUUCUAAAGGAAUUGGUGAUGCUCGGCCACUGCUUGAUUUGAUGGCAAUAACACUGGAGAAGCUUCCAUCUGCGGGUGUUGUUGCAAGGGCAACCGUUGGGUCAUUGUUGAUUCUGGCUCAUGUAAUUUCUUUAGCAUCCGUGGCCUUGCCUCCAAAGCUGGUCUUCCCAGAAUCACUUCUCCUCCAACUUUUGAAAACAAUGAUGCAUCCAGAUGUUGAAGCUCGUAUUGGAGCUCACCAGAUAUUUUCUGUUAUUCUUGUUCCAUCAUCUAAUAAUCCCAAACAUGACUUGGCAUCUUUACGAUCUGGUAGUCUAUAUGAACUAAGGAAGUGGCAGUCCAAAACUGCAUCGCCAUUUGCCUCCGCUGCUGCCUUACUUGAGAGGCUUCGCAAGGAGAAGGGCAGUGCAAUGGUAGAAAAGAAUGGGUAUGAUACUCAAAAUGACUGCAAGGAUACAGAGUCUGAUGAAGAAGAAUGGAAACAGAACUGGGCCUGCAAAAACUCACCUAACUUUUACAAAAUAAGUUCUAUUAUUGACAAGUCAACUGGGCCAGCUUGCUUAGCAGAGGCAGAGCCAAAAAUUAUUAAACUAAGUGAGGACCAAACAGCCCAGUUGCUCUCUGGUUUCUGGAUACAGGCCAAUCUUGCAGAUAAUUUGCCUUCAAAUUUUGAAGCUAUAGCUCAUUCUUUCAGCUCAACUCUUAUUGCUUCACUCUUUAAGAACACCAAUCACAACAUUGUUGUCCGCCUCUUUCAGCUUCCAAUUUCUCUCAGAAAUAUAUCUUUGGAUCCUUCUAAUGGAAUGUUGCUACCAUCAUGCCGGAGGUCACUUUUUACGCUAGCUACAGGAAUGUUGAUGUGUGCAGCAAAGAUGUAUAAUGUUCCUGAUCUUAAUGAUUUGCUCAAGUCUGUGGUUUCUAGUCAUGCCGAUCCUUUUUUGGGCAUUGGUGAUGACCUUCAACUGUAUGUAAAGCCUCAGGCAGAUGUGAGGGAUUAUGGAUCUGCUGCUGACCAUCAAGCUGCUAACUCUUUGCUCUCGAAAUUAAGGGAGACUGUUCAUGAAUCUGAGAAGGUUAUACUGGACAUCUUGGUUGGAAGCCUUUCUCGGGGCACUGAGCUGGAUGCUGAAGAUGUGGUGAGGCAAUUGUCAGUAGCAUUUACACCUGAUGAUGCCAUCAUGUUUGGUCCACAAUCUGUACUUGACUUGAAAUACCUUCAGACAAUUUCUCUUUCCAAGGAAUCACUUUCAUUUGAUGGGGAUUUCCAAGCAAACUCUUUGGUUGAGGAUGACGUGAUCAGUGAAUCAUCUUUUGCUGAUGUCUCCCGUUUCAUUCCGAGAGUGCCUACGUCACCGUCCUUGUCCCAUGUUAUCAGUGUUGGACAGCUGCUAGAAUCAGCGCUUGAAGUGGCUGGUCAAGUGGCUGGCACAUCUGUCUCAACUUCGCCUCUCUCAUACAGCAUGAUGGCUAGUCAAUGUGAGGCCCUAGGCACAGGCUCCAGGAUGAAGUUGUCCAGUUGGUUGGCCCAUGAAAUGCAUGACUCAAGACCAGUGGACCAGCCGUCUUUGGCCUUUGCUGCAAAUGGAAAUUCUGCCAUACAGAAGAUAAGCAAUGAUGAUAGGCGAAUUUUAAGUGGAUCGCCAACUGAGCCUUGGUCGGUGCUGAGACUGCCUCCUGCCAGCCCAUUUGACAACUUCCUUAAAGCAGCUGGAUGUUAAGGAAAGUAGCUACCACCUCCUGUCACCAAUCUGUGUGCAUGUGUACUUGUAAAGGUGUAGAUUUGCUAGUCACUACAGACCUUGUAGAAUUUCCAUUAUCAUAUUAUCACAUGUUAUUACUAGAGAACACAGCAAUUUUAGCAAUUUCUCGGAUGUGCAUUUCAUCUCUUUUAGCUGCA